AUGUUCAAGCAUACCCUGCAAGUAGGUAUAGCAUCUCGAACCUCUAUGAGAUCAUUCUCUCUGACCCGUCCCGCUUCUCUCGCAGCCCCCCGUAAUCUCGCUCUUCUCCUCGUCGUCAUCGCACCCUCUCCUGCUCUCGUCCGCAGCCUCAACCUCGGCGUCCUUUGCCGAGGACUCGUGGAUCUCUCUCGUGGACGAUGCGACCGAUGAGCUCAUACCCUCCCAACCUCCUCCAUCUUCCUCUUCUGCAACCACAACCACAACCACAACCACACUCGGCACCCCCUCGCAAUCCACCAUGAAAGUCGGCUCCACCACGCCGUCACCCACCUCUACCUCCCCUUCCGCCACUACAAGCUCCUCAAAAGGGUCCAUCUCCGGCCCCGUCCUGCACCUCCAAUCACCCGAUAUCAAGACCACCUUUAUACGCUUCGGCGACGCCCCCUCAAACACAGGACCCUCCUCCUCCUCCUCCUCCGGCUUGGCCAUCAACGCCCCCUAUCUGCACCUGUUUCUCAAGCCUCUAGGCCAAGGGAUGAACUUUUACCUCGACGUUUUGGUCACGGACGAACGAGGGAAGACAUACGUGAUUCGCGCAUCGACGUUCCAAGUAAGUCCCUCACCUUGAAAACUCCUCCCGCACAAACGCCCGCCUAAAAAAAAAAAACCCUCCCUUCCGCAGACGACACCAACCUACACCCCCUCCUCUCCAACGCAACCCUACCCUUCCCUUCUGCACCUCCCCCUCUCCUUCCCCCCUCCAACACCCCACUCCCUAACCCCCUGGCUCCUCCUCUCUCUUCCCCUUCCCGACCACCUAAAUUCGCUCCCUGACCUCGGAGGACCCUCCCCACCCCCGCGCUACAAAGCGCUACAAAGUAUCGAGAUCCACGCGAAUUGUCGUUUGAAAAGGGUUUGGUGUACGGAGGAGCGAGGGGGCGGAGUCGUUCAAGAGGGUAUGGCGUUGAGAGGGAUGAUGACAGAAUUAUGUUUGUUUGAGGCCGAGCCUUGA